AGCUAAACUGCCAACACUGAUGUGCACUUUGAGGAUUCUGCGAGAAUGUUGCGAAAUAUAAGAUUUUAUUGCAAAAUUGCCGCUAGGACGGAUUUAAAAGCAAUAAAAUUGGACUUCAAGGAGCUACGACACAAGACGAAGGUGCCACAAUUGCCGGUGGACACAGCCUUUCCAGACACAACCGACAACAAAGUGGAAAUUGACACAAAAACGAUUCAAUUGCUGGAGCGCCUCUCGCUGGUGGAUCUGGAUAGCGAACAGGCAUUGGCCACGCUCAAGAGCAGCAUCCAAUUUGCUGACAAGAUAGCCCACAUCAAUACGGACAACGUGCGACCGCUGUACACCGUGCUCGAGAAUCAGCAGCUUCAAUUACGCAACGACGAGGUGACCGAGGGCGACUGCCGCGUGGAGCUGCUGAAAAACGCUAAGGUGACGGACGAGGACUACUACGUCUCGCCGCCGGGCAAUAUACCUCUGGAACAAUGAGUCGUUUGAGUCGUUGCUUCAAGUCUUUGGAAUCCG